AUGGUGACAGCCAUGUCGGUGCGGGUGCGGUUCCUGUCCUCCGGGGACGCCGCGGCCGUGGGGGUCGUGGGCCGGAGCGCCUCCUUCGCCGGCUUCAGCAGCGCCCAGAGCCGCAGGAUCGCGAAGUCCAUCCAGAGGAACUCGGUGAGGUCUCGCAUCCCUGCCAAACCCCCCAAGAUGUACGGCACGCUGCGGAAGGGGCCCGUGUGCCCGGACUCCAAGACACAGCAAGUGCGGAGGAUCUUCGAGGCGCUGAGGAGAGGCCUCAAGGAGCACCUGUGCGUCCAGCAGGCCGAGCUGGACUACCUGUCAGGACGCCACAAGGACACCCACAGGAAUUCCAGGCUGGCUUUCUAUUACGACCUUGACAAGAAGCAAACACGCUCUGUGGAGAGGCUCAUCCGGAAGAUGGAAUUUCACAUCAGCAAGGUGGACGAGCUGUACGAGGGCUACUGCAUCCAGUGCCGCCUGCGGGACGGCGCCUCCAACAUGCAGCAGGCCUUCUCCCGCUGCCCGCCCAGCCGCGCCUCCCGGGAGAGCCUGCAGGAGCUGGGCCGGAGCCUGCAGGAGUGCACCGAGGACAUGUGGCUCAUCGAGGGGGCCCUGGAAGUCCACUUGGGCGAGUUCCACGUCAGGAUGAAGGGCUUGGUGGGCUACGCACGCCUCUGUCCAGGAGACCAGUACGAGGUGCUCAUGCGCCUGGGCCGCCAGCGCUGGAAGCUGAAGGGCCGAAUCGAGUCUGACGACAGUCAGACCUGGGACGAAGAGGAGAAGGCCUUCAUCCCCACUCUGCACGAGAACUUGGAGAUCAAGGUGACAGAGCUGCGUGGCCUGAGCUCCCUGGCGGUGGGCACGGUGACGUGUGACAUCACCGACUUCUUCACGACCCGGCCGCAGCUCAUCGUAGUGGACAUCACGGAACUGGGCACCAUCAAGCUGCAGCUGGAGGUGCUGUGGAACCCGUUCGAUACCGAGAGCUUCCUGGUGUCACCCAGCCCCACAAUCAAGUUCUCCGUGGGCAGCAGGAAGAGCUCCCUGUACAGCUGGACGCCCCCGAGCACCCCCAGCUUCCGGGAGAGGUACUACCUGUCCGUCCUGCAGCAGCCGGCGCAGCAGGCCUUGCUGCUGGGCAGUCCCAGGGCCACCUCCAUCCUCAGCUACCUGUCGGACGGCGACCUGCGGGGCCCCGGCCUGUGCCGCCGGAGCCAGGAGCUGCCGGAGAUGGACUCCUUCAGCUCGGAGGACCCCCGAGACACCGAGACCAGCACGUCGGCAUCCACCUUGGACGUGGGGUUCCUGCCCUUGGCCAUCGGCCCCAACACCUCCACGGAAGAGGAGGCUCAGGAGGACUCCCCGCCCCUGGGCCUCCUGCCGGAGAUGGUCCCCCUGUCUGGAGGCACACUGGUGGAGCGGCCUGGCUGGAGGAACCUGGGGGUAGAGAGCCCCAAUCUGCCCGGGGGCGCCCCACUCCACAACCACACGAUGCCGGGCGGCCAGAAAGACCACGAUGCAGGAGAACCCGGGGACGGAGUGGAUGGGCCUGGGGUGGCCCUCGAGAGGCCCCUGCAGGAGGUGCUGGAUUUGCUGAGGUGCACAGCCCCCGCCCAGCCCCGGCUCCAGGAGCUGGAGUACCAGGUCCUCAGCGUCAGGGACCGGCUGAAGCCCCGCGGAGGCCGCCGGGAGCACAGCUCGGCCGAGAGCCUGAUGGAGUGCAUCCUGGAGAGCUUCGCCUUCCUCAACGCUGACUUUGCCCCCCACGAGCUGUCCCUCUUUGGGGGUCCCCAGGGUCCCCGAAAGGACAGGACCCGGCCCCCACCACCGUCCCUGAGAGAGUCCUCCCGGGAGCUCACGGCCGGUGCCCCCGAGCUGGACACGCUGCUCACCGUCCACCUGCACGUCUGCAAGGCUCUGCUGCAGAAACUGGCCUCCCCUAACCUGUCGAGGAUGGUCCAGGAGAGCCUUCUGGAAGAAGCUGCACAGCAAAAGCAGGUCCUGGAGACCCUGUCUCUGCUGGAUUUUGAGAAGGUCAGAGAGGCGACGUCUGUGGAGGAGAUCCUCCCGCAGGCCGCAAGGAGGAAGGGCUGCCUGAAGCUGUGGCAGGGGUGCACGGAGCCCGGCGGGGUCCUGGCCUGCCCCGCCACCACGCUCCUGAGCCAGCUCAAGAAAACGUUCCUGAACAGAGUCAGGGGGAAGUACCCGGGACAGCUGGAAAUAGCGUGCCGCAGGCUCCUGGAGCAGGUGGUCAGCUGCGGCGGGCUGCUCCCCGGAACCGGCCCCCCCGAAGAACAGACUGUCACCUGGUUCCAGUUUCACAGCUACCUGCAGAGGCAGGGUGUCUUGGACCUGGAGAAGCACUUUGCCCAGCUCACCAAGGAAGUGACCCUCGUGGAGGAGCUGCAGUGCACGGGGCAGGCCAAGGCGGUCAGGAAGCUGGAGGGGAAGCGGCUGGCCCAGCUCCAGCCCCUGCCCCAGACCCUAAGGGCCUGGGCCCUGCUGCAGCUGGACGGGCCUCCGAAGGUGUGCAGGGCGGCCAGCGCGUCUCUGGCCAGCGCCGCCAAGAACAAGAGCUUCCGGGAAAAGGCUCUGCUUUUCUACACCAACGCCCUGACGGAGGACGAUGCAAAGCUCCAGCAGGCGGCAUGCAUGGCACUGAAACAUCUCAGGGGCAUCGAAAGCAUUGAUCAGAUUGCUGGCCUGUGCCAAUCUGACCUGGAAGCUGUGAGGACGGCAGCCCGGGAAGCCACGCUGUCAUUCGGUGAAAAAGGACGCUUCGCUUUUGAGAAAAUGGGCAAACUUUGCUUAGAACAAAGAGAAGAAACCUUUUUCCAGGAGGCAGAUGUUGAAAUCACAAUAUUCUAA